GUUACACCUGCAUCUCACACUUUGGUUGUUCAUCUCUCAGACUUAACACAAGCUCUUGGGUUGUGCAGAAAUGGCUUUGGUAGAUAGUGCAUGUAUAAAUAACUGCAAAGACUCCGAUUCCAGUUUCUCUGAAAUAAUUGAGCUAAAUGUUGGAGGGCAGGUUUACGUUACUCGUCACACGACUUUAACCGCAGUUCCAGACACGCUUCUUUGGAACAUGUUUAGCCAGAAAACACCCAAGGAUCUUGCUCGAGACAGCAAAGGGCGCUACUUUCUGGACAGAGAUGGCUUUCUGUUCCGAUACAUUUUAGACUACCUGCGGGACCUUAACCUCGUUUUGCCCGAUUACUUUCCGGAAAAAUGCAGGCUGCAGAGAGAAGCGGAGUUCUUCCAGCUUCACGAUCUAUCCAAGCACCUUAGCCCGAAAGUGUGCAAGGAGGACUCUAUCGGUGAGGACAUUUCUCAGGGCGACCCGGAGGAGGCUGCGUUUCUGAGCUCGGCUGGGGGAUCCAUCACAAGCAUGGAAACGUUACGCCUGGUACCAUCGGUCAGAAGCGCACACCUUCGCUCGCCGUCCCUGGAGUCUCGAAGAUCUGGCUACAUCACCAUUGGAUACAGAGGCUCAUAUACAAUUGGACGAGACAUUCAGACCGACGCUAAAUUCAGGAGGGUCGCCAGGAUUACUGUGUGUGGGAAGACGUCCCUUGCAAAGGAAGUAUUUGGAGAUACCCUGAACGAGAGCAGGGACCCAGACAGACCCCCGGAGAGGUACACGUCCAGAUAUUACUUAAAGUUUAAUUUCCUGGAGCAGGCAUUCGAUAAACUGACCGACGUCGGUUUCCACAUGGUAGCUUGCAGCUCCACAGGUACUUGCGCAUAUGCCAGCAAUGAUCCCAGUGAGGAUAAAGUCUGGACAAGCUAUACUGAGUAUGUUUUCUGUCGAGAGUAAUUUUAUGGAAGCCGAACCACAACUCUUGUUUGAAAAGAAACCUAGCCAGAAGACGUGUUCCUUGUCUUUUUGAAUAGUUAUAUUUGAUUAGUGUACAUAGUGUGGCACCAUUAUCACACGAGCACACAUUUAGUCGUAAAUAUAAAAAAACGCUAAUCUGAAGUAUAUGAAAGGCUUAAACUAUGUGCUUUGGAUUAUUUUCUCGUGUGUUUUAAAUUAACGAAAAAGUGAAAGAAAGGGAGGGUAAUAUUUACAUUCCAUUUUAGCUUUGUUGUUCACAUAUUACCAUUUAGUAUUUCUUUCCUCUCUACAACAGUUUGUUUAUUAAAUGUUGUAAAAUAGGGAAUAGGCCUUUACUUUACUAAUUGUACAAAAACAUUCCAAUGUGAUUUAAAUUAGGCGUCUCCAAUCUGAAGGGCCAGUGAUAAACUGAUAUUACAGUGCUGGGUUUGAGAAAAAGCCUCUACCCUUACCGGCUCUUCUUGGAUCCCUGCCUAAAAUAAACAACGAUCACUCAUACUGAAUGGUUUGCCCGAUUCGAUUGUCACGUGGACCAUCCACGGACAGGUACACCUAAAGUAGCAACUAUGGUCUAAAGACAGGUAUGUAUGGAACUAACACACGUGUGCUCCUUUUUAAAACGAUCUAGCUUUUUUUUUUCAAACCAGGAAGGAAGCUUACAUUUUAGGCUACUACUGUAUAUAUAUAUAUAUAUAUAUAAAACAAUGUAUUCACAUAUUUGUUGGAAUGCAGUUGUUCAACAUUGUAUUCAUGCAUUGGAUCAAAUGAUAAAAUAAACGUUUUUUUUUCUUUGUGAA